GCGGCCCGCGCCAGUGGGCUGGCGGAGUGUGCGGGACGCGGGCGGAGUGAGCGUGACGGACUCGGACUCUGAGACGGACCGAUCGCAGACGGACUGGACGGGGCCCGUCUGCAGGAGACGACUACACGUGUGCCGGUGCGUCUACAUUAGACUUCACUCCAAAGGCCAGCCAUGCCGAGGUGGCAGCGGCCAUGGCAGGGCCUGGCGUGUAUCGCCGGAGGGUUCGUCAUGCACCUGACCCUGGGCACCAUCUACACAUUUGGUAACGUCACCUCCUACCUGACAUCGUACCUCCAUGUACGCGUCUCUGAGGACGUCGACUAUGCCACCACCAUGUGGAUCCCCGCGCUGAUGAACAUGGGCCAGGGCCUGACACUGGCCGUCGGAGGCCGGCUGUACGGCCGGUUCGGGCCGCGGGUUGCCUGCCUCAUCGGAUGUGCGGUGCUCACUGUGAGCACGGCGCUGAGCUCGCAGACGGUCCGCUCCAGCGUGGCUCUGCUGAGUCUGACGUACGGCCUGGGAGGUGGUAUCGGAGUCGGACUGGCCUACGUCGCGCCCAUGAGCUCCGCCAUGAAGUGGUAUCCGGAACGCCGCGGUCUGGCCAAUGGUAUCAUUGUGGCCGGGUUCGGCAUGGGCGCUGUGGUGUUCAACUGGAUCCAAACUAGCUACCUGAACCCGGACAACGUGGCUGUGGCCGCCGACAAUUAUUUUCACGAGUCGUCCGUGCUGGAUCGGGUGCCGUCCAUGUUCCUUCUACUGGCCACCGUGUAUGGAGUGAUGCAGCUGCCCAGUAUUGCAUUCAUACAGGAUCCCAAGGAACAGCGGCGUCGCCGCUCGGACAGUACAGCCCUGCUGGACGACUCGGACGAACCAUCGGCACUCAAUGUGGGAUCGACAGAGUACGAAUCGACGGAGGACGAGGGAGCAGUGAGUCUGUCUCUAUCCGAGGCUCUCCGGACCCGGCAGUUCUACCAGCUGUACGUCACGUUCCUGUUCAACACAAUCACCAUCGGCUUCAUCAACCCGCUGUGGAAGGCCUACGGACAGAAGAACAUCGCCGAUGACCAUUUUCUGGCGUUUGUCGGUUCGGCGGCGGCCGUGUUCAACUCUCUGGGACGAGUGAUGUGGGGAGCGCUCUGCGACAGGACAUCCUACAGGACGGCGAUGCUGUGCGCGUGCACCCUGCUCUGCGCGGCGUUCGCCACGAUGCAGCUGACGCCGCUGGGCGGCCGCUGGAUGUUCGCCGUCUGGGUGUGGCUUGUCUUCGUCUCGUUUUCGGCCAACUUUUGUCUGAUUGUCACGGCCGUGGCCAACACGUACGGCACCCAGCAUGCGGGACCGAUCUACGGAGUGAUCUUCAGCAGCUCGGUAAUCGGUUCGCCCAUCUCCGUCGGACUGGCCAACGUUUUCCUGCAGAAACUCGGAUUUCCGGUCAUGUUUAUGAUACAGGCCAGCUUCGUUUGCGUCAGCAUCAUUGUCACCCUAACUUUCCGCGACAAGCGACUGACUCACCGCCACCUACCGGACAGACGGAGCCACUCUAGUUAGUCUUCACUCGCUAGAUGUCACUAGCGUCGACAAGUGCACAACCGACGAUUCCAGCUAAGUGCGGAUGAAUGGUGUAUUUA